GCGUCCCCGGGAACCCAGGAAUGCCCCCCCGCCAGCCCCCUCUGCAGGCGGGGGGAGGGCCCAGCCGGGAGUUUGGCAAACUCCUCCCCGCGUUGAGUCAUUCGCCUCUGGGAGGUUUAGGAAGCGGCUCCGGGUCGGUGGCCCCAGGACAGGGAAGAGCGGGCGCUAUGGGGAGCCGGGCGCCAGGGUCCCGUCUCCACGCCGCGCCGCUGCGCUGGGGCCCCCGGCGCCGACCCCCGCUGCCGCCGCCGCCGCCGCUGCUGCUGCUGCUGCUGCUGCUGCCGCCGCCCCGGGUCGGGGGCUUCAACUUAGACGCGGAGGCCCCGGCGGUGCUCUCUGGGCCCCUGGGCUCCUUCUUCGGCUUCUCGGUGGAGUUUUACCGGCCGGGGACGGAGGGGGUGAGUGUGCUGGUGGGAGCGCCCAAAGCCAACACCAGCCAGCCGGGAGUGCUGCAGGGUGGUGCUGUCUACAUGUGUCCCUGGGCCGCCAGCCCCACGCCGCCGUGCACACCCAUCGAAUUUGACAGCAAAGGCCCCCGCGUCCUGGAUCCCUCCGUGUCUGGAGAUGAGAAAGAGGAGGCUGUAGAGUACAAGUCCUGGCAGUGGUUCGGGGCGACGGUUCGAGCCCAUGGCUCCUCCAUCUUGGCUUGCGCCCCAAUGUACAGCUGGCGCACAGAGAAGGAGCCGCACAGCGACCCCGUGGGCACCUGCUACCUCUCCACAGAGAACUUCACCCGGAUCCUGGAGUACGCACCUUGCCGCUCAGAUUUCAGCUGGGCGGCAGGACAGGGGUACUGCCAGGGGGGCUUCAGUGCGGAGUUCACCAAGACCGGCCGUGUGGUCAUAGGAGGCCCCGGGAGCUACUUCUGGCAAGGCCAGAUCCUGUCUGCCACUCAGGAACAGAUUGCAGAGUCUUACUACCCCGAGUACCUCAUCAACUUGGUGCAGGGCCAGUUGCAGACGCGCCAGGCCGACUCCAUGUACGACGACAGCUACCUGGGAUACUCCGUGGCCGUGGGUGAAUUCAGCAGGGAUAACACCGAAGACUUUGUUGCUGGCGUGCCAAAAGGGAACUUCACCUAUGGCUAUGUCACCGUCCUUAACGGCUCGGACAUCCAGUCCCUCUACAACUUUUCAGGGGAACAGAUGGCCUCCUACUUUGGCUACGCAGUGGCUGCCACAGACAUCAAUGGAGAUGGGCUAGAUGACCUGUUGGUGGGCGCACCCCUGCUCAUGGAGCGGACAGCGGACGGGCGGUCUCAAGAGGUGGGCAGGGUCUACCUCUACCUGCAGAACCCAGCUGGCAUGGAGACCACGCCCACCCUGACCCUCACUGGCCACCAUGAGUUUGGCCGCUUUGGCAGCUGCUUGAGCCCCCUGGGGGACCUGGACCAGGAUGGCUACAAUGAUGUGGCCAUUGGAGCUCCCUUUGGUGGGGAGGCCCGGCAGGGAAUUGUUUAUGUCUUCCCUGGGGGCCCAGAGGGGCUGGGCACUAAGCCUUCCCAGGUUCUGCAGCCCCUGUGGGCAGCUGGCCACACGCCGGACUUCUUUGGCUCUGCCCUUCGAGGAGGCCGGGACCUGGAUGGCAACGGCUACCCUGAUCUGAUUGUUGGGUCCUUUGGCGUGGACAAGGCCGUGGUAUACAGGGGCCGCCCCAUCGUGUCUGCCAGCGCUUCCCUCACGAUUUUCCCCGCCAUGUUCAACCCCGAGGAGCGCAGCUGCAGCUUGGAGGGGAACCCAGUGUCUUGCAUCAACCUCAGCUUCUGCCUCAACGCUUCUGGAAAGCACGUCCCCGACACCAUCGGCUUCGCAGUGGAGCUCCAGUUGGACUGGCAGAAGCAGAAGGGAGGAAUCCGGCGAGCACUGUUCCUGGCCUCCAAGCAGGUCACCCUGACCCAGACCCUGCUCAUCCAGAAUGGGGCUCGGGAGGAGUGCCGGGAGAUGAAGAUCUACCUCAGGAACGAGUCGGAGUUCCGAGACAAACUCUCCCCAAUUCACAUCGCGCUCAACUUCUCCCUGGACCCACAAGCCCCUGUGGACAGCCAUGGCCUCCAGCCGGUCCUCCAUUACCAAAGCAAGAGCCGGAUAGAGGACAAGGUUCAGAUCUUGCUGGACUGUGGAGAAGACAACGUGUGUGUGCCUGACCUGCAGCUGGAGGUGUUUGGCGAGCAGAAACACGUGUACCUGGGCGACAAGAACGCGCUCAACCUGACUUUCCACGCCCAGAACGUGGGUGAAGGCGGUGCCUACGAGGCAGAGCUCUGGGUCACCGCCCCUCCGGAGGCGGAGUACUCGGGACUGGUCAGACACCCAGGGAACUUUUCCAGCCUGAGCUGUGACUACUUCGCAGUGAACCAGAGCCGCCGGCUGGUGUGUGACCUGGGCAACCCCAUGAAGGCGGGAGCCAAUAUCUGGGGUGGCCUGCGGUUCACGGUCCCUCAUCUCCGGGACACGAAGAAAACCAUCCAGUUUGACUUCCAGAUCCUCAGCAAGAACCUCAACAACUCCCAGAGCGACAUGGUCUCCUUCCGGCUGUCUGUGGAGGCUCAGGCACAGGUCUCCCUCAACGGGGUCUCUAAGCCUGAGGCGGUUCUGUUUCCAGUAAGUGACUGGCACCCCCGAGACCAACCCCAGGAGGAAGGGGACGUGGGCCCGGCUGUGCACCACGUCUAUGAGCUCAUCAACCUGGGCCCCAGCUCCAUUAGCCGGGGCAUGCUGGAGCUGAGCUGUCCCCAGGCUCUGGAAGGUCAGCCACUCCUCUACAUGACCAAAGUGAUCGGCCUCAGCAACUGCACCAGCAACUACCCCCUCAACACACAGGGCCUGCAGCUGGACUCCGAGGAUGCCCCCCACCACCUGAAAAGACGGGAAGCUCCCACAAAGAGCCACGCCUCCUCGGGGCCUCAGAUCUUGAAAUGCCCAGAUACUGAGUGCUUCCGGCUGCGCUGCGAACUGGGGACCCUGCACCGUCAGGAGAGCCAGAGCCUGCAGCUGCAUUUCCGAGUCUGGGCCAAGACCUUCCUGCAGAAGAAGCACCAGCCGUUCAGCCUGCAGUGUGAAGCGGUGUACCAAGCCCUGAGGAUGCCCUACCGGAUCCUGCCUCAGCAGCUGCCCCGGAAGGAGCUUCAGGUGGCCACCACCGUGCAGUGGACCAAGGCGGAAGGCAACCAGGGCGUCCCCCUGUGGAUCAUCAUCCUCGCCAUCCUCUUCGGCCUCCUCCUGCUGGGUCUGCUCAUCUAUGUCCUCUACAAGCUUGGAUUCUUCAAGCGCUCGCUCCCAUACGGCACCGCCAUGGAGAAAGCUCAGCUCAAGCCUCCAGCCACCUCUGACGCCUGAGGCCGCCUGAUCCCAGACUCCAACCCUGAAGACCCGGUCCCCCACCUGCAGGCCGCUGCCAGGGAGGGGGCUGGGCGCUCCUGAAGGUGCUGAGGGCCACGGAGAAGCUCAUCUCCCGCGCCCAGAGACAUACUUGAAGGGCCGGAGCCGGGACAGGGGGUGCGCAGCGGGGACCCUGCCCCCCGCACUGUGAAGGACCCGCGUUUACACGCGCCCUCCCUGCGGACCCGAGCCCCGGCCUCCUUGCCACCUUUAUGUCCUGGAGAGAGUCCAGAAAACGGCUCGGAACCAUGGCUGGGGAACUGAUCGGAAUCCUUGGGCCAGAGUGGCCCCCCUAGGACUUCCCAUCCAGUGCUGGCCUGCACACAGCUAUCCCCGGGCCUUGCCAGAGACCCAGAAGGAGACCCGCCACAGCCAGGACCCUUGGGGCUGGGGGACAACAGUCGGCAGCUCUGGACUUCCCCACCCUGGUGGGUUGCCAAGGAACACUAACGGUGGAUGGUUUCCCAGGACAGAUGAGGAGCAAUGCCGUCCCGCAAGCCAACUAGGCAGUGGGAGGAAGUGGGGGGACCAGAACUCAAGCGGGUCUGGUGUAUUCAGCCCCUCCUGGAGUCCGGGGUUGAUCUCGUCCUUGAUAGCCUAUGCCAGGCAGACCCAGGACUACACGGGAGCCGGCUGCAGGCAUGGGCCUCGGGGCCCAGCUCUCUAUCCUGGACUCUGCAAAGGGCUGUGAUGGCAACCCCCAUCUGGAACCUCAGCCGGGCCCGCCACAGGCCCUCCUGCUCCCCCCACCAAGAAAGGGGGGCUGUGGGCCUGCAGGGUGUGGGUUCAGCCCGCCAGCUGCACUGACGCUGCCCUUCCUUACCCUCCCCUCCUCCCACACCUUCUACCCCUCACCCCUGGACUUAUUUAAACUCUGUUGCAAGUGCAAUAAACCCUUUCCCAUGCCCCACUGA